CUUCAUUCCGAGUUCGUUUCGUUUCCUCGAGCUCUCGACGUCGUAUAUAAAUCUUCCAUGCCAUCCUCACUCACUGCAUCCCAGGAGGAGCUCAAGGCCGCGAAGGUGCCUCUCGCUUGGAGAGACCAGUGUUCAGCACUCUUGAUACCUUUGAAUACCUGCCGGAGAGACAACUAUUAUCUACCUUGGACUUGCGAGAACGAGCGUCACGGGUACGAAAAGUGCCAAUAUGACGACAUGAUGCGCAGAAUGAAAAAGAUGUCAAAACUGAAGCAGCAGCAGGCAGAUGAGGUUGCUGAGGCCGCCGAGGCUAUCAUUUAGCUUUCUUAGGGACAUGUCCUAUCAACCGCUUUCGAGGUAUUAGACU